AUGGUUCAACGUUGCCAGGAUGUGAUUAUUGGCAAUAUUGAACAAUAUAAACUUUUAAUGUAUUUAGCUCCUGAAGAUAAAGUUCUAGAAGUCAAACUAAUACCAUCAAAUUUAUUGCCUUUACCAGGUGAUAGAAGUAAAAGUUUAGCAAAAAAAGAAAAACGUAUUAUUAAAUUAACACCACGUCUGGCUGAAGUAAAAGCGUGUGUUCUUCUGUUCAAGUCACUUAUAUUUACUUCAUCAAUUUUAUAUAGUAACCAAAUUAUAAAAAAAUCAGCUAGCAUCUUAAGUUUAGCAAUAGCUGAAUUAGUUGAAUCAAAACUUUUAAAAAUUGUCAAAAAAGGUUUCUUCAGCUCCAAAUGGACAUCAGUAUAUAUUAAAUGUUUACUUACAACAUGUGACACUGAUGUGGAAAUGGACUUUGAAAUGAAAUUGAGUGAAAUUAGGGUGGAUGGUUUAAACUUGGAAAAUGUGCGUGACAGUUGUCAUGAUCUUAUUAUUGAUGGAAAAGGAAUAAUAUCUCAUGAACUUAUCCAUUCAUUGCAACAACAAGAAUACAAUGAACUAAAUUUGAACUCGGAUGCUCUGAUGGAACGAUGCAAACAAUUUCAAUCUAAUGAAAAUGAUAUUCCUUCGUCAUGUGUAUCAUCAAAAAAUUUUGAAUCAGUUACUAUUGAUACAUGUGAUGUUACUGAUAAUCAAACUGAAAUUGUUAAUAUGAAUGGAAAUGUUCCUACAUUUACUUGUGGUAGUAGUGAAAGUGCUAUGGUAGAUAAUUCAAAUCAAAUGUCGGAAGAUGAUGAAAAUUCAAAAACGACUGUGAUGGAGUUGACGAAAGACGCUCAAGAGAUGAAUGAGAACGAACAAAACACGACAUCCAAGAAUAAAAAUUAUAUGAGUUUUAAGCCAAAUUGUACUCCAAUUUCACAUCGAUUACGUCGAAGAAAAUCGUGCCGUAAAAAACAGCAUUAG